AUGGUGGUAGAUACGAAAUAUUACGAUAUUUUAGGCGUUGAGUCAACGGCAACGGAGCAAGAACUUAGAAAAGCUUAUAGAAAGCAAGCUAUCAAACUUCAUCCGGAUAAGAAUGGGAAUGAUCCUAAGGCGGCCGAAAAGUUUCAAGACUUGGGAGAAGCUUACGGUAUUUUGUCCAAUGCUGACACAAGAAAGAUUUAUGAUGAAUAUGGGGUGGAAGGAAUGAAGGAAAAGAGUGUACAAGGGCAAGAUAUUGAUCCAAGCGAAUUCUUUGAAGUUAUAUUCGGUGGGGUGGCAUUCAGAGACUGGAUUGGUGAAUUGGGUAUGUUUAAUGACAUUACCAAGUCUGCUGAAGUUUUGGACUUGGAUGAGGAGAACUCGAAUCUGGAAGUUAGCUCGACGGGAACUGGAGAAUCAGCUUUCAAAGGCAAGACCGACGGUACAAGUAGUCCUACUUCAGGUCAUGGCGAAACUCCAACAUCCACUCAUAGUUCAUUACAAUUGCAUUCUCAUGAAAACAAGGGUGAGUUGUCGUCUGAAGAUAUAAAGAGAAAGAGAAAGCAAAAGCUCACCAAGGAGCAAAGGGAGGAGAUUUUGAGAAUCCAAGAAGAAGCUAGGGAGGCCAAACUUAAGAGAAUUAAUGAUUUGUCAGUCAUAUUGAAGGAUCGUUUAGAUAAUUAUAGAGCGGCCGCAACUAAUCAAGAAGGAUUGAAACAUUUCACUGAAAAAUUAAAACAGGAGCUUGACGAUAUGAAGAUUGAAAGUUUUGGUAUACAGUUAUUACACUUAAUUGGAAAAGUAUAUACCAACCAAGCAAAUGCAACACUAAAAGCAGCUAAAACUUUUGGUAUCACCAAGAUCUAUAGCUCAAUGAAAUCUUCAACUGAAACUGUCAAAAAUGGUUACAGCAUCAUAAAAUCAGCCUUAGAUACACAGGAGACAAUGGAAAAAGUAAUGAAGGAACAAGAAGCUUUCCAAUUAAAACAAGAACAAGGAUACACCCCAACACAAGAGGAAAUUGUACAGCAAGCUGAAAGAGAACGGUUUGUUACUGGAAAAUUCCUUGCUACGGCUUGGUCUUUGGUGAAAUUUGAAGUCACCAAUGUACUAAAUAAAGUAUGCCAGAACGUCUUACAUGAAAAGGGUAUAGGCAAGAAAGAGAAAGUUGCUAGAGCAAAUGCAUUGUUGUACAUUGGAACUCAAUUAUUGAAUGAGAAGAGGUCGGCUGAUGAGGAUGAAGAAGCCAGAAUUUUUGAAGAAAUGAUGGCUGAUGCAAAGAUGAAGAAGGCCAAUAAGAAGAAGCAACAUAAUUUCUUUUAA